ACUUACGACAUCAGUUAAAACAAGGCAUGUCUGCACUCUUUUAGCCUUUCCGGUCCAUCGGGUUCUCGACCGAUUUUUCUCCGAGACGAACAACGCCGGAUCCCGGUUGGCAGAGCGUGCAGAGGCAGGAGGGACCCGAGCCAAUCGUGGCAGAAAGAGAAAGCGGUACAAGUAAGGCAGGCAAAGUCUCCGGGGCGAACGGCAGCGCUACCUCGGUCCUGACAGACGUCGGGGCUCUUCCCGCGAAGCUCGAUUUCCCCGGGGCGCCGGCCGCGCGCCCUCCUUCCCGGGAGCUCCGCCACCGGCCGCGCCGAGAGGCCCUCUGACCUCCGCCGGAGGCCCGCUCGCUGAUCCCGCCCCGACGGCCAGCGUCCGCGCCUUGGAUUGGCCAGUUCAAGGAUCCCUCAGUCGAGCGCGCCCAAUGGCAGCUCGGCCGGGGCCUGGAGACCCCGCCCCGUGCCCCCGCGCCGGGGAGCGGACGAGAGUAAAUACAAGAGGAGCGCAAGAUGGCGGCCCCGCCGAACCCCGCUCCGGGCGCCGCGGCCGCGCUCUCGGACAGGGAGGCGUUCGGCAAGCUGCAGCCGGCCUCGCGGGAGCCUCCGGGGGCGGCGUCCGCCAAGAAGGUCCGGACCGAGGAGCGGAAGGCGCCGCGGAGAGUGAACGGCGACGGCGGUGGCAGCGGCGGGAGGCAGCCUAAAGACAAAAUUAAAGAGAACGACAAAGAAAAAGAGAGAGAAAAAAAGAAACACAAAGUAAUGAGUGAGAUCAAGAAGGAAAAUGGAGAUGUAAAGAUUCUGCUGAAAAGUGGGAAGGAGAAACCAAAAACAAAUAUAGAAGACUUACAAAUUAAGAAAGUAAAGAAGAAAAAGAAAAAGAAACACAAAGAGAAUGAAAAGCGGAAGCGUCCAAAAAUGUAUAGCAAGUCUAUUCAGACCAUCUGUGCAGGAUUGCUGUCUGAGGCUGAGGAUCAAGAAGCCAAAGGCGUCUUAAAUGAUCACAUAAAGGAUUACAUUGGAAAACAUUUAAACGCCAAGAACUGUGACUCUAAGGUUUCUGGUAACAGUGAAUCUCCGUUUGUCUCGUUGAAGGAACCGCGCGUUCAGCAUAACCUGAAGAGGUUGGACACGCUGGAGUUCAAGCGGCUCGUUCAUAUCGAGCACCAGCCUAACGGAGGGGCGUCUGUGGUCCAUGCCUACAGUAAUGAGCUCUCCUGCCUGUCUCCUGUGGAGAUGCAGAGAUUUGCAGAAGAAUUUGUGGGGUUAGUGUUCAGUGAAAAUGAAAGUUCUGCAGCUUUCUAUGUCAUGGGUAUUGUUCAUGGGGCAGCUACUUACUUACCCGACUUUUUAGACUACUUUUCAUAUAAUUUUCCCAAUUCACCAGUGAAAAUGGAGAUAUUGGGAAAGAAAGACAUAGAGACGACGACUAUGUCCAAUUUUCAUGCUCAGGUAAAAAGAACAUAUUCUCAUGGUACUUACAGAGCUGGCCCCAUGCGACAGAUUAGCUUGGUGGGAGCCGUUGAUGAAGAAGUGGGAGAUUUCUUCCCUGAGUUCCUUGACAUGUUGGAGGAGUCACCGUUCUUAAAAUGUACGUUGCCGUGGGGAACACUCUCUAGUCUAAAGCUAGAGAGUCGGAAAGAUAGUGAUGAUGGCCCCAUCAUGUGGGUGCGUCCGGGAGAGCAGAUGAUCCCUGUGGCGGACAUGCCAAAGUCGCCCUUCAAGAGGAAAAGGACUACCAAUGAAAUCAAAAACCUUCAGUAUCUACCUCGAACCAGCGAGCCUCGGGAGAUGCUGUUUGAAGACAGGACGAGGGCCCACGCUGACCACAUAGGCCAAGGCUUUGAGAGACAGACCACAGCUGCCGUGGGGGUGCUGAAGGCUGUGCACUGUGGACAGCGACCUGACCAGCCCCGAAUAACCAAAGAUGUGAUUUGUUUCCAUGCAGAAGAUUUCUUAGAAGUGGUUCAACGAAUGCAGUUAGAUUUACACGAACCUCCACUGUCCCAGUGUGUUCAGUGGGUUGAUGAUGCAAAACUUAAUCAGCUGCGGAGAGAAGGCAUUCGCUAUGCCAGGAUUCAGCUGUACGACAAUGACAUUUACUUCAUUCCGAGGAAUGUUGUUCAUCAGUUCAAGACAGUCUCUGCUGUGUGCAGUUUGGCGUGGCAUGUUCGACUUAAGUUAUAUCACGCAGAGGAGGACACUUGUCACAGUGCAGUCACUCACGAAACAUACAUGUCAUCAGGUCCUAAGUCAUCCGUUCUCGAACCUCACACCGGCAACAUCCCUUGUGCUGUGAACCAAACCUCAUCAGACUCUGUGUUUUCAGACAAACUUCCUUCUAAGUAUGAAUCACAACAGAUUAAACAUGAACCUAUUGCACCUGCAAGAACCAAGGAAGACCCUUUGAGAGUGACUGUAGCUGAAAAGACUAGAACCCCGAAUAGCACAGAAGGCAAGACUGUUAAGACGAAGUUGGAUCAUGUUCAGUUUUCAGGUUUUCAGAUGGACGUGGAUUCUAAGUUUGAAGACAGUAACAAAGACUUCAGGGAAGAACUGUGUCCUGGAAGUCUCACUGAUAUAGUUGAUACACGGCAACAGAGUUCUGUGCACUCAAAUCAAGACAAGAAGGAUGAUGGCAAUUUGUGCUAAAUUUGUACAUUGUGUUUAAAAUUCCUUUUUAAAGAUAAUUUGUAAUAACGAUUCAUGAAAUCUGAAAGCGAGCCUAGGAAUUGCUCUCGUUGGUUACAACGUAGUUUAAGUAGCUUCGUAACAUUCCGCAGUGCCUGUCCGUGACUGAAUCCGCGCACCAGGGCCCGCCGCACUGUCACCAUUGCCGGUCACAUCAAAGGAGUCUGAGUUUUAGGUUCAGGAUGGAGCUGACAAAAAUCACAUAAAUAUAUUUUUUGUAACAUGAGCCAGAAUUCUUUUUUGACAAUUUAAGGUUUUCCAUAGAGCUUAUUUAUAUCGACUUUUCCUUUCCUGUCAAGUGUGUCAGCACUGUAUGUACAUAGCUUUCAAAAGUCUUUAGUACGAUCCAUAUUGAAAUGUGAGCCACCUAAUAAAGGUUCAUAACGAUGAAUGCUUUCUGUUGAGUUUGCAGAAACAACCUGA